AUGCCAACUCACCCGUUGUUGCCAUAUGUGGAAAGUACUGAUGGACUUGGACAAGACAUUCUAAAUAUUAGUAGUGGUGCUAGCAUGCCAGGGGCUGGCUCCAGCAUGACUCCUCACAGUACCACCAUCACUAACAAAGCCGAGGCUCAGCCCGAGGGAAGCCUGCUGGAAGCCCUGGACUGCAUGUUUUGUGACCAGACCUUCACACACCAAGAUGACCUGGGCCCACACGUCCUGACCCAGCACCCCACAACACUGUUUGAACCAGCCGUUCUGCGUGUGGAGGCUAAGUUCUUGAUCCCAGGUGAGAGGGCCCGGUCCAAACCCAGUUUGCCAUCUGUAAAGGAGGUGGUGUUUAGCUGCGUUGUGUGUGAUCAGGCCACAGAGGGUGCCAGCGAGCUGGAGAGCCACAUGAGGACGCACAAGGACUGUUUCACUUUUCACUGUAACCUUUGUGGCCGUCGGUUCAAGGAACCCUGGUUUCUCAGGAACCAUAUGAGGUUCCAUAAGGCUAAGGCCCAGCAGAACCUGGACGGUCCAGUUAUUAUCAAUGAAGUCAUCCAAGACCAAGUCCCAGCACCCAUAAUCACGCCUUACAAAAUGUGCUUUACCUGUGGCUUCUUUUUCCCCGAUAAAGACCGUUUGGUGGAACACAGCAAAGUACAUAGUAAAGAAUUAGAGGCUGAUGAAGACCGAGAGAAGGAUAGACAGGGAGAUCCCCUCAGUCAACAAGGUUUUUUACAGGCCCUCAACCUUCGCCCCCUCUCUGAGGAAAGUAGUAUGACACCAGAGAGACCCUCCAGGUGGAUUGCCCAACUAGACCCUUUCAACACCUACCAGGCCUGGCAGCUUGCCACCAAGGGAAAGAUAGCAGUUGGUCCAAGUGUGGCUAAAGACGUAGGCCUAAUCCAAGACCACAGCUCUGACAACGAGGACUCUGGCUCAGAUAAAGAACUGACAAACAUCUGGUCAGAAGGCCAAGAAGGUGACAACAAGGGUGUUAAAGACGACUUGGGUAGAGAGCUGAGAUCCAGACAGACUGCAGGAGAGACCCCAUCACCAGAGCCUGAUCAGAAGUCAAGUCGAAAUGACAAGCCUACGCACUGUGAGGACUGUGGGAGGACGUUCAGGACGUACCACCAGCUUGUUCUCCACUCCAGGGUGCACAAGAGGGAGAGGGGUGAGGGGGAGAGCCCCACCGCCUUCAUUGAUGGCAAGCUCUCCAGAGCAGGGUCCCCCAGAGAGGAGGGGUCUGAAGACGGGUCAGAGGACGGAGCACCGGGAGACGCCUUCUAUUCGGGUAAAUACAGCAACUUAAUGUUUAAGAAACAUUUGUUUUCUAUUGAGCAAAGGUGGAUUUAAUUACAGUUUUUCAUAGUUGUUAACACCCGUUUGCUGAAACUACAAAAACAUAAAACAGUUAGCCAAUUUCCCCAAACCCCACAGACAUAUUGCAAAAUGAAACACAGCAAUCAAAAUAAUGUACUCCCUGCUCAAAAUGAAACUCUGCAUACAAAUGACACACACAUCAAAUUAAUCUAAUUUAGUCACAACCAAGAUCACACUUUGACAUAUACAAAACACUAUCAGAACCUAUUUCAGUGUAAAGACUAAGAUUUUGUUAUACUGUAUAUUGUUUGUGUGUACUCAAACAAGAAAGGAACACAAAUGCAGGAUGCGGCCUAUGGUUGAUAAGCUCACUCUGAUGUUAUGGAAAAUGGCAGGGUUUUCAAUGAUCUGUUGUUGGUUUUCCCACAGUCUUAUGGCAUUAUUUUCAACUACCAUUUGCACAAUGGCAGCCUCCUGUUCGUCUGUAAAUAGACGCGUUCUACCACCACGUGGUGGUCAUCUUUCAGUUGUACAAAAACCUCUACCCCCCCACCUCUACCCCCACCCCCACAUUGUGAGUUGUGUUUUGCCAAAGGUUUGUUAUAGAAUUGUAAUCUGAGUGUAAAGCAAAAUGUACAGAUUUGGUGUAUGGUUCUGCUAAAUGAGUUACAGGUUUGGGUCAUUGUGCCUCAUGGGCCAGUUUUAGUGUGUAAACAAUUGGGAAAAACUGUAAAUGGCUGGUCAUUUAUAGAUUAUGCAAAUCCACUUGCUUCACACAAGUUUUUGUAUGUAGACUAUUUGAUUUCUUCACAUGACCAAUCUCCUGUUUUUUCUACAGUUAAAAAUGAAGAUGGAUUUGAUCGAAUGAAGGUGAAACAUCUUGUGUCCUCCAGGGAAUGUAGUUACUGUGGCAAGACAUUCCGUUCCAGCUAUUACCUCAACAUUCACCUCAGGACGCAUACAGGUAAACCUUAUGUAAUGCUGGGAAGCCUGGAUAUUGAUUACUGCAUUGUUGGGUUUAGAGCUUGCAAAAAAGGCAUUUCCCUGUACUUGUGCAAGUGACAUUGAAACUUGAAAUAGGCUGCACAAUUGGGAAAUGUGAGUUGAGAUUUAUAGCUGAUAUUUGGCUCUAAGGUUUAACAUGAAGUUGGAUGGGCGUACUCUGUGUGCUAGAGGUGUAACUGUACUGAACCGUUCGGUACUUGGACCUCUGUUUGGUCCGCACUGUGAACCCAAAUGAAUACAUACUUUUUUAAAUGAACACUAGGCUUAUAGGCUAUUCCUACGCUGCGUUGUAUGCCUCUUGAGUAAAUCACGUUGUAAUAAAAAUGAUAAUCUUAAUUGCAGCAUUUCAGACUGUCCUUUUGUGAGGCGCAGCCGGGAACUAGUUCUGUAUAAUGGUGAGUGGUGGGGUCAAUAAACCAGGAGGAUUCUCCAUCAUAGUUUAAAUCUCCAGUUUGGGAAAAUGUUGCCUUCCCAGUAGAUUACAAUGGCGAUGGACAGAGAAGAGAGUAUGUCGCCACUGCUCAAUGAGAGUAGUCUAUGCAGCUGCCAACACCUCAAACAUGUUGACACAUUUACGCCGACAUUCCCCCAGUAUUUCUACCACCGGAGCAAGACUGAAACGCAAAGAAACAACACAACUUGUUUUUUAUUGUAUGGGACACUUUUAAAUGUUCCUUCAGAGGCCAUGCAAUUCAGUACUCAUCUCUAAAACAAAAGCCAUUUAGGUCAAGAGUCCAUAUUAACAAAGGAAAUAGAGGGACUAACAGUACAGAUAGCAAUAAAAACUAUACAUUUACAUUUUUACAUUUUAGUCAUUUAGCAGACGCUCUUAUCCAGAGCGACUUAGUUAGUGAAUACAUUUUUUUUUUUUUUUUUUUAUACUGCCCCCCCCGUGGGAAUCAAACCCACAACCCUGGCGUUGCAAACGCCAUGCUCUAUCAACUGAGCAACAUCCCUGCCGGCCAUUCCCUCCCCUACCCUGGACGACGCUGGGCCAAUUGUGCGCCGCCCAUGAGUCUCCCGGUCGCGGCCGGCUGCGACAGAGCCUGGAUUCGAACCAGGAUCUCUAGUGGCACAGUUAGCCUUAGACCACUGCGCCACUCUAUACCAUAGAGGCACACAAUAAGUUAGAGGAAAAACUAAAAGAAAUGGAGGAACUUAUUCAAGAAAGAUCAAGUGUAAUAUAUUAUAAAAAUAAAGCGAACUGGAUGAAAUAUGGGGAAGAAUGCACCAAAUUAUUUUUUAAUCUUCAACACAGAAACACUACCAAAAAUAAUUUGCUGAAACUUGUUACAAAUGGAGUCACCCAUGAUUCACCAAACUAUAUUUUGAACGAGGAAGUAAAGUACUUUAAGCACAUGUUUUUUUUUGUCUCCUCCAUCUCCACUAACCGAUGCUAAUUGUAUGGAUUUUUCUAUUAAUAAUGUAAAAUUAACAGCUGUACAGAAAGACUCAUGUGAAGGCCAAAUCUUGAUGCAAUUAAAGCCUUUAAGUUCGAGAACUCCAGGGCUGGAUGGCAUACCAGUGGAGGUGUACCAAACCUUUUUUGAUGUACUCAGAGGACCGUUAUUAGCAUGUUUAAUACCACUCCUAUAUAAAUGGUAGAUUAUCAGACACUCAACAAGAAGGUCUGAUUUCAUUAUUACUGAAACAGGAUCCAAGUGGUAAAUAUAAAGAUCCAGUCCAUUAAAAAAAUUGGAGGCAAAUUCUAGCAAAGUGCUUAGCGCAUAGAAUUAAAAAGGUAUUGUCGGAUAUUAUUCAUCCUAAUCAGACAGGUUUUUUACAUGGACGAUACAUUGGCGAUAAUAUAAGACAAGUACUGGAAACAAUAGAACACUAUGAAAAAUCUGGGAAACCAGGCCUGGUAUUCAUAGCUGACUUUGAAAAGGCUUUUGAUAAAGUACUACUAUUUUGGAGAAUCUCUUUGUUAUGUGAAUUAUUUAACAAACUAUUUCAGUGUCUCUGUGCGUCUCCCAGAAGGUUGUAAGUCUUUUGGGAUUUAAGUAACGGACAGAGUCCCGGUCUGCAUAGUCAGAGAUUUAUUCAUUGAGAAUUCUAAAACAAAAUGGUCAUACAAUAUUUUUAUAUGCACACGUCAGAUGAAAAAAUCCCUCCCCUCUGUAGGCAGGCUGUAGUUUUCCACUUUAUAAUUGCUCUCCUGACCAUCAGUUCACACACACACACCUCUCACACGUUUCUCUCCUCCCAAAAUUCCUCAGUUAUGUUGGUUUCUCAGUUGCCUGGAGACAGUUCUCCUUGUCCUUUGUUGUCUGGUCUAACUCUUACUCACAUUGCUAAAUUGUAGCUCAUAGUCUUUACUGGUCCUACACUCUCACAUUCUAACACAUUUCACACAGUUUCAGGGUGUAAUAAUUAAUCUAUCACUCUUAUAAAAUGGGUUAAAGUGAUGUAUAGUAACCCUAGGUGUAAAAUAGUAAAUAAUGGCUACUUCUCAGAAAGUUUUAAACUGUCAAGAGUCAAUCAAGGUUGUCCACUAUCGGCAUAUCUAUUUAUUAUGACCAUCGAGAUGUUAGCUGUUAUAAUCAGAUCCAACAAUAAUAUCAAGGGGUUAGAAAUCCAGGGCUUAAAAACAAAGGUGUCAUUGUAUGCUGAUGAUUCAUGUUUUCUUUUAAAUCCACAAUUUGGAUCGCUCCACAGCCUCAUAGAGGAUAUAGAUACUUUUUCUAACCUCUCUGGAUUACAACCAAAUUAUGAUAAGUAUUGCGUAUUGGAUCACUAAGAAAUACAACUUCUACAUUACCGUGUAGUUUACCAAUAAAAUGGUCUGACAGUGAUGUGGACAUACACGGUAUACAUAUCCCGAAAGAAAGAAAUGAUCUCACUCCAGUACAUUUUUAUAGAAGGUUAGCAAAAAUAGAUAAGACCUUGCUACCAUGGAACGGAAAAUACCUGUCUUACCUAGAAAAAUCACCCUGAUUUAACUCUUUAGUCAUAUCCCAGUUUACCUAUUUGCUUAUGGUCUGGCCUACACAUAGCGACCUGUUUAAAAAAUAUAUAUAUAUAUAUAUAUUUUUUUUUUUAUAUGAGCAAAACAUAUUCCGUUUUAUUUGGAAUGGCAUGCCAGACAAAAUUAAAAGGACCUAUCUAUAUAAUUAAUAUGAAUUCGGAGGGCAGAGAUGAUUAAAUAUUAAAGCAUUAGACCUCUCACUAAAGGCGUCAGUCAUACAAAAGUUAUAUUUAAAUCCGAACUGGUUCUCUAGAAAAUUAGUAAGAAUGUCUCACCCCAUGUUCAAGAAUGGUUAUUUGAAAAGGAAAUAAUCUCCCAAAUAUCGCUAUUUUUAAAACAAGCCAUAGAAAGUUGGUUGCAAUUUCAGUUUAAUCCACCAGAAAAGACAGAACAAAUAAUACAACAAAUAUUGUGGGUAAACUCAAAUAUACUAAUUGAUAAAAAAACAUUAUUUUUUCGAUAAAAUUAAAAAAAAAAGGUAUAGUCUUUGUAAAUUAUAAAAUAUAUGGAAAUGUCUGCUCUACCCACAAUUACAACCAACUAAUUGCAGCAUUACCGCAAAAAUGGAAGAGGCAAGUGGAAAGGGAAAAAAGUAAGGAACUUGUCUGUCGGCCCUGCAUUAAAGACCAAAAUUGGUUAAAGAAAAUUGUGAUAAAUAAAAAAUUAUACUAGUUUAAGAGCCAAAAAAUUGACAGCUGUGCCAUAUAGAUGGCAAAAUAGUUGAAGAGAUUUCCAAUGUACCGAUUCCAUGGCACAUGGUUGAUGAACUGAUAUGCAAAAUGACACCGGAUUCAAAACGUAGAAUCUUUCAAAACAUUUAUUAUAAAUUUAUUAUAAAAAAAAUUAUUAUAAAAAAAUUAUUGCAACCAAUAGAAUGUUAUAUUUAUUACAUACAGUACCAGUCAAAGGUUUGGACACACCUACUCAUUCCAUAAAAAAAAAAAACUAUUUUCUACAUUGUAGAAUAAUAGUGAAGACAUCAAAACUAUGAAAUAACACAUGGAAUCAUGUAGUACCCAAAAAAGUGUUCAAAACAUCAAAAUACAUUUUAUAUUUAAGAUUCUUCAAAUAGCCACACUUUGCCUUGAUGACUGCUUUGCACACUCCAUAUACAGUGAGGGGAAAAAAGUAUUUGAUCCCCUGCUGAUUUUGUACGUUUGCCCACUGACAAAGAAAUGAUCAGUCUAUAAUUUUAAUGGUAGGUUUAUUUGAACAGUGAGAGACAGAAUAACAACAAAAAAAUCCAGAAAAACGCAUUUAAAAAAUGUUAUAAAUUGAUUUGCAUUUUAAUGAGGGAAAUAAGUAUUUGACCCCCUCUCAAUCAGAAAGAUUUCUGGCUUCCAGGUGUCUUUUAUACAGGUAACAAGCUGAGAUUAGGAGCACACUCUUAAAGGGAGUGCUCCUAAUCUCAUCUUGUUAUCUGUAUAAAAGACACCUGUCCACAGAAGCAAUCAAUCAAUCAGAUUCCAAACUCUCCACCAUGGCCAAGACCAAAGAGCUCUCCAAGGAUGUCAGGGACAAGAUUGUAGACCUACACAAGGCUGGAAUGGGCUACAAGACCCAUCGCCAAGCAGCUUGGUGAGAAGGUAACAACAGUUGGUGCGAUUAUUCGCAAAUGGAAGAAACACAAAAUAACUGUCAAUAUCCCUCGGCCUGGGGCUCCAUGCAAGAUCUCACCUCGUGGAGUUGCAAUGAUCAUGAGAACGGUGAGGAAUCAGCCCAGAACUACACGGGAGGAUCUUGUCAUUUACAUUUUACAUUUUAGUCAUUUAGCAGACGCUCUUAUCCAGAGCGACUUACAGUUAGCACAUACAUUAUUUUAUCGAACCCACAACCCUGGCGUUGCAAACGCCAUGCUCUACCAACUGAGCUACAUCCCUGCCGGCCAUUCCCUCCCCUACGCUGGACGACGCUGGGUCAAUUGUGCGCCGCCCCAUGGGUCUCCCGGUCGGCUACGACAGAUCAUUGUCAAUGAUCGCAAGGCAGCUGGGACCAUAGUCAAUUGGUAACACACUACGCCGUGAAGGACUGAAAUCCUGCAGUGCCCGCAAGGUCCCCCUGCUCAAGAAAGCACAAAUACAGGGCCGUCUGAAGUUUGCCAAUGAACAUCUGAAUGAUUCAGAGGAGAACUGGGUGAAAGUGUUGUGGUCAGAUGAGACCAAAAUCGAGCUCUUUGGCAUCAACUCAACUCGCCGUGUUUGGAGGAGGAGGAAUGCUGCCUAUGACCCCAAGAACACCAUCCCCACCAUCAAACAUGGAGGUGGAAACAUUAUGCUUUGGGGGUGUUUUUCUGCUAAGGGGACAGGACAACUUCACAGCAUCAAAGGGACGAUGGACGGGGCCAUGUACCGUCAAAUCUUGGGUGAGAACCUCCUUCCCUCAGCCAGUGCAUUGAAAAUGGGUUGUGGAUGGGUAUUCCAGGAUGACAAUGACCCAAAACACACAUCCAAGGCAACAAAGGAGUGGCUCGAGAAGAAGCACAUUAAGGUCCUGGAGUGGCCUAGCCAGUCUCCAGACCUUAUUCCCAUAGAAAAUAUGUGGAGGGAGCUGAAGGUUCGAGUUGCCAAACGUCAGCCUCAACCUUAAUGACUUGGAGAAGAUCUGCAAAGAGGAGUGGAAAAAAAUCCCUCCUGAGAUGUGUGCAAACCUGGUGGCCAACUACAAGAAACGUCUGGCCUCUGUGAUUGCCAACAAGGGUUUUGCCACUAAGUACUAAGUAAUGUUUUGCAGAGUGGUCAAAUACUUAUUUCCGUCAUUGAAAUGCAAAUCAAUUUAUAACAUUUUUGACAUGCGUUUUUCUGGAUUUUGUUGUUGUUAUUCUGUCUCUCACUGUUCAAAUAAACCUACCAUUAAAAUUAUAGACUAAUCAUGUCUUUGUCAGUGGGCAAACGUACAAAAUCAGCAGGGGAUCAAAUACUUUUUUCCCUCACUGUACAUAUAUAUUUAUAUUUACAAAAUGAUAUUUAUUGGAAAUGAUGCAGACAAUUACAUUGAUGGAAGCUACAAUCUAUCUGCAAUAUUAAAACCCCACUACUUCGUCUCCCCGCUGCAUUCAAAUAGCCCUUCGUAGCUGAUUCUGACAGGGCCAAAUAGGUAUGUUUUUAGACACAGAUAUGCGCCCAUUCUCGGUGGUUGAGAAGAAUAGGGGGUUUUAGCACCUCGUGAAAGUGCUCGAGCCACAUUUCAAACUUUGCAUUCUCACACCCAUUUCAGCAAAUAGGUAGUACCUGCUCGAUAUAAGCAAGCUAAAGCUGAAGUUGUCAAUGAAUUGUCCAAUGCAACCAGCAUUGCGCUUACUACAAAUGGAUUGACCUCCAGGGCUACAGAGAGUUACUAAACAGUGACAGCCCAUCACAUUACUCUGGAGUGGGAAAUGAGAAGUACUGUGCUACAGACACGCCACCUUUAUGAGAGUCACACAAGUGCAUAUUUUCUCUUUGUAAGAAAACAUAGCAGAAGGCCUAUACAAUUUCUGAGCCAUGUUUACAUAAUGAUUUCAUACACAUGUUGCACUUUAUUUUAGUGUUGUUGAUGUGUAAUCAUUUAAGAAAAUACAAAGUGAAAAUGUUGGGUGUUCCUGAUUGUGCUCUCAUCAUGCAUUACAUUAUUAAAUAUGGAAUCAGGAAUACCAUCACGUAUUUUGUUAAAUAAACAAAAUAACUAACUACAGUAACUGUUGGCAUUUAAUUUUCCCGUUAACCGAACCGUGAACGCAAUACGUACCGAGCCGUGACCCCCAAAACCGCAAUCCAUACGGAACCGUUACGCACCUGUGUUCUGUAUGUAAUGAUUUCAGUAUUUAAUCAAUCUGAAGACCAUAUUUACAGUUUGGUCCAUAUUAUGCUAAUGUGUUUCUAUUUUUGUCUUUCAGGUGAAAAACCAUACAAAUGUAUAUACUGUGACUAUGCUGCAGCCCAGAAAACCUCACUGAGAUAUCACUUGGAUAGACGUCACAAGGACAAACCUUACACUGACAUCCCCAAUAAGCCUGUGAUAUCAGUGCCAUCUCCCAGUGAGAAAGAAUUAACCAGAAACAGAGAAGACAAAAGGGUCCCCAACCGAUCCAAACUAUGGCCAACUCCCAAUGUCAGGCCUGCAACCAAACCUUGUGCCAAUGAGAAACCAGAGGAUAGAUUUAAUAGCAUCGGUGUCAAGCUUGCCAGCCCACUUGCUCAAGUGAAUGCUGAGUAUGGGAAAUUGAUUUCUACAGCUGUUUACUCCUCUUCUGCAGAUGAUGCACACAUAAAACACCUCGUACCUGUUAACCUGAAGAUGGAAGGAAACGAGACAAAACGCCUCGUACCUGUUAACCUGAAGAUGGAAGGAAACGAGACAAAACGCCUCGUACCUGUUAACCUGAAGAUGGAAGGAAACGAGACAAAACGCCUCGUACCUGUUAACCUGAAGAUGGAAGGAAACGAGACAAAACGCCUCGUACCCGUUAACCUGAAGAUGGAAGGAAACGAGACAAAGCGCCUCGUACCCGUUAACCUGAAGAUGGAAGGAAACGAGACAAAACGCCUCGUACCCGUUAACCUGAAGAUGGAAGGAAACGAGACAAAACGCCUCGUACCUGUUAACCUGAAGAUGGAAGGAAAGGAAAUAAAAGACGAGGGCUUCGACGCCCCAUUAAAUUUGUCCUUAAAAGUGUCACUUUCCAGCUCUGCCUCCGUAAUACCAAGGAAUAUGUUGAUUUCCAGUGUCUGUUCGUCCUGUGCCUUCAGCACUCUGUACCCAGAGGUCCUGCUCAUGCACAAGAAGCUGCUUCACAAGGAGAAGUCCGACACAAACAAGAAGAACAGAAGUGUAAAACUGAAGCGUUACACUGGCUGCCCCCCUGCCCUCGAGGGCAAAGAUGUCAUCCCCCUGCCUCCUGUAGACCGGAGACACCCUCGCCGGACCAAAUCACCAACCCCCCAGCCUCCUGGAAAACCUACAGGAAAGACUCACCCCUCCAACCCUCCUCAUGGGCUUAAACGCUCUCUCACCAAUGAACCCCGUAAGGAGAUGGGAGCCCCGGGACCGGAUAAUCAGCGGUACAGGAUGAUGACGCCACCUAGCACCAGCCAGGGCCAUUCCAGGUUUACAGAGCCAGCAGAACAAUCCAACACCAACGGUAGAAAAGAUGGCAAACCUGUAGUGGAGAGACCAAGGCAGAGCCCAUCGGACAGCAGAGUGGCAAGCGGCUUAAGAAGUGGCCCAGUGAGGAACGGUAGCGGUGUAAUCUGGCCCUCAGAUGCUGCCAGGCUGUGCCUCUCCAGCCGGUUCGGUAGUCUGCCCCCGAUCGACUUUGGUGGUGAACCCUCCAGUAAGAGACAGAGAUACUCUGGGCUCCCCGGAAGGGAAACGGACACUAUUGAUACUGGCUUUAGGAUGGAGGACAGGUACAACAGACUGCUGCCCUCAGGAAGAAAUGGAGCCUCUCCCUCUAACAGGCCACAGGCCUAUGCCCCAGUCAAAGCGUCCAACCCUCCAGCCUCUGCAAGCAGCAGCAGUAUGGAGACUGACUGGAAUAUGAUCAACAUCCUCCGCUCCUACACCCCCAGUGACCUGGCCUCCCUCUACCAUCCUGCUGUGGCUAACCCCAGUCAUGGAGUGCUGACCAACACAAGAGGUAUGAACUAAAAGCUUUAUCUUAUAUAUUUUUCGAUACAUUUGAAAUUCAUUCAUCCCAUUUUCAUGUUAGUGUAGUUGCAAAUGUCAUGGGGUUCCAUAUUAGAGUUGGACAGCUAUAUCAUAUUGCCAUUUAUUACGGUUUGUAUCAAACUAUUACUUUGGGGUUACUCCUAAGAUUGUCCUUCUCCUCUUCCUAGGCAGUAGGCCAUUACUCUACCCAGCUAGUAUGCUACAGAGGAGAGCCUAUUCCAGCCCCAUCAAUAAUGAACGCAGUGGACCCACUGACGAAAGUACUUAA